CGGGGCGGCCGCGACAGGCGGGGCCGGGCCGGGCGCUGCGCAGGGGAGCGGAGCGGCGGACCCCCCGUCUCCGUCCCCGCGCACAUGAUGUACACGCUCACGCGGGGCCCGAGCCGCCUGGCCACGCAGCGCCGGGCAGGGCCCCCGCAGCAGGUGGACGGCAGCAAGCUGGGCGACGCGCGAUGCCGGCCGCCGGGCGCGUGGCCGCCGCCGAGUAGCCCUGCUCCAAAACUCGUGUUCAACAGAGUGAAUGGCAAGAGGCCCCCGGCAGUGACACAGCACAUGUCAGCCACAGAGGAGUGCUACACAUCGGCACAUGAAGAGAACGUGCGGUUUGUCUAUGAAGCCUGGCAGCAGAUAGAACAGCAGCUGGAUGACAGCCAGAAUGGGGAGACCAGCUGCAGCCCUGUGCAAUACGUAGAGAUAACUCCCAACCCUGGAUUGAAAAACUUUGUGCCCAUUGACCUGGAGGAGUGGUGGGCCCAGCAGUUUCUGGCAAAAAUUGAAAACGGCUCGUAGAAAACUGCCCUCCUGCUCUGUACACAACACUUGAGUUAAAAUGACAAGAGCUCUCUAUAAAACAGUCUUGGCCAAGUGAAGAUGGUAGAAACGGACCACGGCACCUCCUCGCCAGCCACCCCCUGUCUGGACACAGCAGGGCCAGGGGAGGAAAGCAGCUACACACUGCCUCCGCCAGGAUUCCUUAAGUGCCAGUCGAACCGUCGAAACUCCUGCAGACUCUGUAUCUGAGAGAUCUCGCCGCAGUCAGUGCAGGGUGGGGAGAGGAUUGUGACUCUAGGUCUCUCCCCAGGCCAUGAGCUGCAGCCCUGAGAGAAGACAGUUCUAUGUAACCAGGAUCUGGGUACAAUAAAGAGCUGAAACUGCCAAUGGAUGGGAA